CUAUCGUUAUUAUCAAUACCUGGGUUGAUCUACCCACCACUAUUCUUCGUGAGCUACCUGUCAGCUCUUUUUCGUUUUCAGACUUUAACUCAGACUUUUCAUCGUGUAAAAGACACAGUUAAACGUUGUGACAUGGAAGGCAUCAAAGCUAUUUGUAAACAGGACUUAUACUAAUAUUUCAAACAGAGAUUGAUUGUUUAUUUGUAUUACUUAUGUAUGUAAUAUUAUCACAGCACAUAGUGUCAGUGUUACUUGGAUGAGCGCACUCCAAGAGCCCGUGAAGGCUCUAAGGCUGUGAAAGACGUGCAGCUGUAUGCGAAUGCUUUCUAGUUUUUAGUGUUGAGGUACCGGCAGAUCUCACACCAGGAAUGAAACUAUUAAAACUCUUUGUUUUGUUCGCCCCCAUAAAACAGAAAGAAUGUAUUUAUACUCUUACCUCCAGAGGGCGCUGAGUGCAUGGAUGUAUUACUGUAAACGCUCAGUGUGCAGCAGGAUGACAGGGAGAGAGGAAGGUGCCUUGCUUCACGGCUGCGGGCAGAGAUGGCGUCCUGCUGCCGGUGAAUAAGCAGAAAAACCAAUCAGAGGGAGGAGAGAGAGGACGCAUCUUUCCGAGCAUCGCACGGCUGAGGAUACUCCCGCUGCGAUGGCAGCAGCGCUGUGAAAGCCGUGGAUGCUCGCUGGUGCUGUUUGAGUUGCAGGACGUUGGGACUCCCCCAGAGGAGGCGGUGGGGCUUGUUUUCUCCCUCUGGCAGGGCUCUCUGUUCGUCCGCCGCAGGGAAGAGAGGGCAGAGGGAGGGACAGAGGAACGAUGGCUGCCGGAGGAGCAGGAUGCGGGGAUACGGUAGAGGAAUAUCGGGCCGAGGUGGAGCGCCUGACCCGGGAGCUGGCGGAGGCCAACCGCGAGAAGAUACGGGCGGCGGAGUGUGGACUGGCGGUUCUGGAGGAGAACCAGAGCCUGAAGCAGCAGUACGCCGACCUGGAGGCCGAGCAGGAGGCGCUAAGGGUGGAGCUGGAGCAGCUGCAGGAGGCAUUCGGCCAGGCAUACUCCACCCAGCGUAAGGUCGCAGAGGACGGGGAGAACAAUGAGGAGACACUGUUGCAGGAGUCUGCCACCAAGGAGGCCUACUUUAGGGGUCGUCUCCUGGAGCUCCAGUUGGAACUGAAUCACAGUCGAGUGGCUGCCUCCAGUGCGCAGGCUGACAGCGAGCACCUGAGCAGCCUGCUGCAGGAGCUCAGGGAGAGCAAUGAGAUGUUGGAGCUACAGCGGACCCGAAUGCGAGAAGAGAUCAGAGAAUACAAAUUCAGAGAGUCACGGCUUCUCCAGGACUACACCGAGCUGGAGGAGGAGAACAUCUCUCUGCAGAAACUGGUGUCAACCCUUAAACAGAGUCAGGUGGAGUAUGAAGGCCUGAAACAUGAGAUCAAAGUUCUGGAGGAGGAGACAGAGCUGCUGACCAGCCAGUUACAGGAUGCACUGCGUUUGAAGGACAUCUCAGACGCCCAGCUGGAGGAGGCGCUGGAGUCUCUGAAGAGUGAGCGCGAGCAGAAGAACCACCUGCGAAGAGAACUUGUUCACCACCUCAGCAUGUGUGAUGUGGCCUACACUGGGAGUGCAAAUCUAAUAUUCUCCUCAGCACCGCCCAGUGGCACUGCUACCCCAACUACUCUGCUCUCCCCAAACACAGAGGAGCCAACAAGAUGUAAUGGUCACCUUCAGAGUGGCUCAGGACCAGUGACGGCUGUGGGCUCAGCGCUCAGGGCUAAUGGAGAGUGCAGAAGGCAGUGUCUGAAAACUGAGGGGGCCGCCACAUCAGACCUCCUUACUGAGAUGAACCUGACAGAGAUUCAGAAGCUCAAGCAGCAGCUGAUAGCGGUUGAACAUGAGAAAGCAGCACUGAUGACGAGCCUGCAGGAGUCCCAGACUCAGCUGCAGCACACCCAGGGGGCCCUAACCGAGCAGCACGAGAAGACCCUCCGCCUGAGCCAGAAAGUCUCUGCUCUCCGCUGUCUUCAUCGAAGGGUCAGCCAGGAGGCUUGUAGCAGUCCCACCUCUCAACUCAACUGUGAAAGUCUGCUGGUGCUGGAUAGAGACGAUGAGGCUGAGGAGGAAGGAGAAACUGCAGAGGAGAAGAGUAAAAGUCUGGUAUUUUCAUACCAAACUCCCAGUCUGGAGAUCUUGCAGUGCAAGUACCGUGUGGCUGUGACAGAGGUGGUGGAGCUCAAGGCAGAGUUAAAAGUGCUCCAUGAGAAGCUUGCUCAGUGUGUGGAGGGAGCUGUGGAGGAGAAGCCAAGGCAAAGGAGUCAGCUCCAGAAGCUGGAGAGGCAGGUUGCCUCUCUGGAAAAGAACUGCCGGGAGGGACGGGAUAAGAUUUGUAGCCUGGAGUUUGAAUUGCAGGCUGUUCAGUCAGCAGCUAAUGAGAGCCAAGGGGCACUGAACGCAGCUCAGGACGAGCUGGUAACCCUGAGUGAGGAGCUCGCCCAGCUCUACCACCAUGUCUGCCUGUGCAACGAUGAGACGCCCAACCGUGUCAUGCUGGAUUACUACAGACAAGGCAGGGGCCUCAGGGGCCUUAGUUCUAGUCUCAAAGCCAUGUGUACAGACAACAGCAAAGUUCUUCUCACACCACGCCUAGCCAGACGGCUUGCUGCUGUUGCUUCAACAACCUCAACUCCAGGGGAGUCGCGGACGCCCUCGGAGUCUCCAUCCAAAGAGCCCUUACAUGGAGGGAGCCGAAGAGUGGAGAAAGAGGUCCUUCAGGUGCCAUCUGAGCAGAGCCUGCCACCUAGCACACCUCCAACCCGCUCAUCUAGCAUCAGUGCCUCUUCAUCGUCAUCGUCAUCUUCAUCGCCAGCCAUGGAGCCUGCUGGUGAGCUGCGCAGGGAGCCCAUGAACAUCUACAACCUCAGCGCCAUCAUUAGAGACCAGGUGAAACACCUACAGCGGGCAGUGGACAGGUCACUGCAGCUGUCCAAACAGAGGACUGCAGCCCGGGAAUGCUUAAAACUCUCUGAGGGGUUUUACUUUUUUACAGCAGAAGUGGCUCUGGCCAACCUGAAGAGUAAGUAUGAGGCGGAGAAGUCCAUGGUGACCGACACCAUGACAAAGCUGAGGAACGAAUUAAAGGCCCUGAAGGAAGACGCCGCCACGUUCUCCUCUCUGCGAGCCAUGUUUGCUACCAGGUGUGAUGAGUAUGUGACCCAGCUGGAUGAGAUGCAGAGGCAGCUGGCUGCAGCCGAGGAUGAGAAGAAGACUCUGAACUCUCUCCUGCGGAUGGCCAUCCAGCAGAAACUGGCCCUCACCCAGCGUUUGGAGGACUUGGCCUUUGAUCAGGAGCAGUCCCAUCGCACCCGGGGGAGCAGGUUGACCCGUGGAAAAACCAGCACCCCCAAAGUAAGUCCCUCGACUUUGACUACAGCCUCCAAUCCUGCUCAAGGGUCCAGUCCAGCUUUGGCCCCUGGCAGCCUC